CUUUUUUUCGGGCAAAGCUUUUGCAGCAAUCAAGCCAUCCACCCAUCCCAUACAGACACACUCUGGAAGGAUAAGGGGGGAAAGAGAGAGAGAGAGAGAGAGAGAGAGAGAGAGAGAGAGAGAGAAUGUAUUUCAGGAGAGGGAUAUAUAAUAUUAGGGCAUGUGUUUUGUUAAUAUAUAUUUUGUUCGUUUGUUUUGCCUUGCUUCUUAUUUAACUCCACUUCUUCUCUGAAUUUCCAUUCCUGGCUACCCUCCACCUUUCCCUUUCCCUUUCAUUUCCCUAUUUUCCCUUCCUCGGGAUCUGAUCUCUCUCUCUCUCUGGGACUAGUACAAACAAUUGUUUGAAGGGGGGAGAUUAGUAAGUUCAAUUCCCGGGGAUUUGCUUUGUUAAUUUCUUGUUUGUUUGUUUGUUGACUGCCGUUCCUUUCUUUCUGUGCUUCUUUUUUUGUGUCUGCUAGUGGUAUUUUUCUUUCACUAACAAAAGUUAAAAAAGAGUGACGAAAAAUAGCCCCUGCUUCUUCUUGUCUUGUCCCCUUCUCUCUAAAGCUGAUUGGUGAUUGGAUAAAAGGUUUAUGGUUCAUCAACCAGAUCUGUAUGCAGCAAUUUUAACUUCCAUAGGGUGUUGUCAAGAUUACCAAGGUUUUUCAUUAUUAUCCGCAGGUGAAGAAUAUGAAUACACUUUCAUCACAUGUACCCCCAGGCUUUCGAUUCCGUCCCACAGAUGAAGAACUUGUUGAUUAUUAUCUCAGAAAGAAGAUUGCUUUGAAACCGAUUGAUUUUGAUGUCAUCAGAGAUGUUGAUCUUUAUAAGAUUGAGCCGUGGGAUCUUGAAGACUUGUGCAAGAUAGGAAGUGGUGAUCAGAAUGAAUGGUACUUCUUUAGCCACAAAGAUAAGAAGUACCCUACUGGAAGUCGUACAAAUAGGGCAACGAAAGCCGGGUUUUGGAAAGCUACAGGAAGAGAUAAGGCUAUUUAUAGAGGAGAAAAAUUCCUCGUUGGGAUGAGAAAAACCUUAGUCUUUUACAAAGGCCGUGCUCCAAAUGGACAGAAGUCAGAUUGGAUCAUGCAUGAAUAUCGACUAGAAACUAAUGAAAAUGGAACUCCUCAGGAAGAAGGAUGGGUUGUGUGUAGGGUAUUCAAGAAAAAGUUGGCAGCCGUGAGCAGAAUGGGAGAUUACGAGUCACCAGAUUGCUAUGAUCAAGUCUCAUUCCUGCCACAACUUGAUAACCCUCCAAGGACAUCAAUGUCCCGCACUUAUGCAUCACAAAAUGAGCAGCAGCUACACUAUUCACAAUGCAAGCAAGAGUUUGAUUUGCUGUAUAACAUGCCACAUCAUCAUCAUGACUCUUUUCUCCAGCUCCCUCAAUUGGAAAGCCCCAAAGUUCCUCAUCAGUCAGCUACCCCAUAUGGUAAUUGUGUUAUGCAGUCUUCCACACUCACACAAGAGGAGCAAUUUGCGCAAUACAUCUCCCAGCAAAAUCUGUUCAAAUCAUCGUCGUCGCCAUCAGUACAUGCGCUUGACAACAACAAUGAUUAUCUGCAAGCUGUUGAUCAAGUGAAGGAUUGGCGAGCCCUUGACAAGUAUGUUGCGUCACAGCUCAGCCAUGACCAGCAAGAUGCUUCCAAGGAAGUAACAAAUUACUCUCAUGCAGAGGAAAUAUUUCAUGUGGCUGAACACAUUAAUAUGCUUGCCAAUGACGCUUCCAGAAGGCCAGACAAUAAUAAUAACAUUGGACAGGACUAUGCCUCAACAUCAACCUCUACUUUCCAAAUUGAUCUCUGGAAAUGAUCAAGAACAUGAAUAUUACAGUAACUACUAGCCAAUACAUAAUACUAAUUAAUCGUAGGAGGUACAGCACUUUAAAGGGAUCGAUAUUUGAGUAUUAUUAAUCCAGUUGCUGUACAUAAGAAAACACAAUUAUGGUAUUAUUUUUACCUAUUCGACUUUAAAUUUGUGACUUUUUGUGUU